UAUAACGACAUAUAAAUAGACAAGCUGACGAUUCAGUGUCUUGAAAAAAAUCAGAGAAAACAAUGACAUCCAGUUGGAAGAUGGGCCAGGUUCGAUUAAUUCAAAUUUUCAAAAGAGUUCGAAUGGCUGUGUUUAGCCACGGGACUGAAUGUCUUGCUGUAGUGCAAGCCAAAUUCUUGUUUGUAUUCUUGAGAGACUAACGCACUUUGUAUUUAGAAAUUGUUUCAUCAGAUUGGUGCUUUAUUUUAUAGGUCCACUUGCUGCGCAAGAUGGAUUGAUUAGAUGGGGGAGGCACGAAAAUCCAUGUGUUUUGUUUUUGGAGAGCAUCAAGCUCGGAUGCAUUAUUGCUUCGUCGUCUGCCUUUGUAGCUGGAACGACCCCUUCCUCGCUGCAAGGAGAGAGCAAGGUGUUGAUCAGUUGCUGGAAUUUUGUCGGGAUUGCCGCUAGCGAGAUUAAUUUCCUCGCUAUAGAGCAAGGAAUAUUGAUUCUCGAGGCUUAUAGGAGUGAUGGAGGUUCUAAUUGCUGCCUUGAAGGAUUGUUAAGCUGCAGCUGUAGGUUGAUAAUAUAAGGCAACACAGUUGGAGAGAUGGUGCAUAGUAUUGCGGCGGCCAGAUUUUGGUCAAUGAGAUUCCAUGUGCUGUAAUUUGGCUUGACAGAGAAAUUACCAGUGCUAUCAGUGAUGAAGAUGGGGGGGUUUUGGCAUAGUACCAUCCAGGAAUCCGCCAAAUCCAAUUGUUUUAAUCUCCUUUGACAUUUAAUACCUUCACUAGCGAGUUAUUCUCGGGUUAUAGUGAAGUCCAUCAAAGCUCUCUAUCUCCCG